AUGGAGAAUAAUGAUAGCACAGCUGAUCAACGAAAAUUGUCAACAUCGUCUUGUACAUGUCAUCGUCCAAGUCCAUACAAUGAACAGCAGCUCUGGUCAUUACAGAAAGCAUUUUUAUAUAGCUUUAAUUUAUUUAUAGAUAAAACAAGUACCAUGUCACAUUGGUCAUAUGGCCUAUCUUCAAUUGGUUCAUCAUUAACACAUGCACAACGUACAAAAAUGAUAAAUUAUGCUAAAUACGACGUGAUGGCGGUAACUUAUCUCAUCAAACCAAUUACUGAACAAUGGUCGUUUACAAGAACAAAAGAAUCAAGCAUUGAAGAAAUGUUUAUUACAUUUCAAUCAACACGACCACCACCAUUACGUCAACAAAAAUCGAAAAAGAAGAAAAAAAAUAUUAAUAUUCAAAAAUUGUCGAAAAUAUUUACAUCCAUUCAGGAUCCUGAUUAUGAAUUAAUUUCAUCAGAUGAUGAGAUAUAUUUAAAUCAAUUAAUUGAACCAAAUGAUUAUAAAAAUGAACAAGAUAAUAAUAAUAAUAAUAAUAAUAAUAAUAAUAAUAAUAAUAAAAUUAAUUUAUUACAAGAUCAAAUCGAACCAAUUGAUGCUGAUUAUAUACUAAUUAUUAAUGAUGAUGAACCAAUUGAACAAAUUCAACAACAAGAACCUGAACCAGUUAAUGAUAAUUUAUUAAAUGAUGAUAGAGAUGAACCAGCACCAACGAAACGAUACACAAAGAAUCAACAACGAUCCGUACAAGCCCGACAUAGAAAAAAAUCAUCGAAGAAAUAG